AUGACGUCCGCCGUUACUCCUUCGAAACCGGCACCACAUCAUCAACAGAUGAGCCCGCCACAGCAACAGUCCCAUCCCUCUACUCCUACAUCGCCGCCCAGCAAGCGAGACCUGAAGUCGUGGUGGAAGAGAUUCCAGGUCCAGUCCAGGCAUCACGAGACAACACCAGAUCCGCGCCCGCAAGGUAUCUUCGGUGUCCCGCUGCGACAAAGCAUCACCUACGCCAACGUCGCUAUUUCCCUCGUCGAUGAACAUGGUCAGAGCUAUAUAUACGGAUACGUACCGAUCGUGGUAGCCAAGUGCGGUGUAUUUCUGAAGGAGAAAGCCACCGGUAUAGAGGGCAUAUUCCGAUUAAGUGGUUCAGAGAAGCGCAUCAAGGAGCUCAAAAUCCAGUUCGACUCACCUAAUCGAUAUGGCAAAGGCCUGGUAUGGGAAGGAUACACGGUCCACGAUGCUGCGAAUGUUCUCCGGCGCUACUUGAACGACCUACCAGAACCAGUCGUCCCGCUGGACCUCUACGAACGAUUUCGAGACCCGCUGCGGGGCCAUACAAGGCAGGCUGUCGGCGAUGCGGAAGGCACUCAGCUGGUCGAGAACUUUGACGAGGCAGAGGCUAUCGAUAAAUACCAACAGCUGAUCAAGGACCUGCCGCCUCUCAAUCGCCAGCUGCUUCUUUACAUCUUGGAUCUGCUCGCAGUCUUCGCUGCCAAGGCCGACGAGAAUCGCAUGACGGCUCAAAACUUGGCUGCCAUUUUCCAACCCGGCAUGCUCUCGCAUCCACACCAUGCCAUGGCUCCCGAGGAGUAUCGACUGAAUCAAUGUGUCAUCAUAUUCCUCAUUGAGAACCAGGAUCACUUCUUGAUUGGCAUGCAAGGCACAGGGACGGAUGAACAGACGAAACAAGAUAUUGAGAAAGGAAAUCCUAGGAUUGUAACUCCUGCGACACCCAGCAGGAGUUCGGGUGUGGCACGCACUGCUUCAAACGCGAGUGCGGCUGCCGAAAGUGUCAGUAGGGAUGGCAUGAUACGGAGAAACCGUUCAGUGUCGUCACGUCACUCUCGUCAGUCUCGUCAGUCGAACGGAGCAUCUACCCCAGGCAGUCCCUCAAUCACAACACCGAGCUGUGGUCUGGGUAGAAGUAACACUGUCCCUUCGAAGAAAUCUCCACAUAUCCCCUCGGGGAGGUUCCCGCAACGACAGAACUCUCCAACCGUAGCAGUAGCUCCAGCAUCACCAUCUCCUACAGGCCCUGGCUCAAAUGCCCCUUCUCCGAUGGCUCACGAGGCCUUCACGUCUCCAGAGCGCUCUCCGGCAACAUCAAGCCUGACGCCAGUGGCAACAGGAUCUACCCUGAUGCCAGGACCCCAUGUGGUAGCGAGAAGUCAGGAAAGGUUGCUGGGUUCCCCUGGCGACACUGGGACACCUCUGAAGGAAAGAAAUCUCCAGAGCCUCUUUCAGCGAUCACCAACCUCAGACAGCGACAAACGGCAGCCGAAUAAGUUGCGUAAGAAGCGGAUACCGAGUAGCGCAAACCCGAGUGCGCAAAGCUCAACGGCUUCUCUCCCUCAUUCGGGUGCGGUUUCUCCUGCACUGGAGUCCCCGAACCCAUUCGAACAGAAGCCCAGCCAGCUGGAACCAAUUAGUCAAGAGAAUGGCACCUCUGCAGAAACUCCGUCAGAGCCAACUCCCAGAGCUUCUCAGGUACCUUCUGCGAUCACUCUACCAGCUGCUUCUGAUAACACCAGCAAUAGGUCGCUCAAACCUAAAUCAUCGCCGCCAACAUCGCUCCAUUCGUCGUUCAACGAAGGUUCUGAUAUAGACCAUUCAGAGGAAGCGGCUCGAGCGUCGUCCAGCGAAAUGGCCGAGAAAGAAAAGAAGCGGCGUUGGCGUAUAUCCCGCCGGAAAGAAGAGAUGUCUGGCAGCCCGGUCCAAAAUCUAGGUCUCAACAGUCAUGCUGAGAUGAGUACUUCGACGGUCGGAAGUGGACAUCGAGCACGAAAGAGCAUGACCGGAGACUAUUCGGACGUGGCGGGGACAUUUGCGGAAAGUGAGACUGGUAGUAGAGAAAAGGAUGACUCCAAAGGCCCUCUUGGAUGGAUUAAGAACAAGUAUCGAGAGGCUAAAGAGAAUGCCGAACACAAGCGAACAAAGUCUCCACCAGACCACGGACAUGGCUUUUUGCCCACGAGGAGCAGGAGUGUCGAUAUAAAGAGGAGUUUGGACGAGAAACGGGCCCCUACAUCCGCGCCAGCGCCCCACGGACCUUCCCCUAUACCAGAGUCAGCAGAGGCAGCAGCAGUGGCAGCAGUGUCGCCUGCUACACCAGCUCCCGAGGAUGUACCGCUACCCAACUCUCCUCCACCUGUGCAGACAACACAUGAGAGACCGCCCAACCCCUAG